GUGCACAGCCGCACAGCUCCGGAUAUAAAGCUCCCUCCCCGGAAAGGAAAACGCUCCACUGCCCGCUCCCAGAUAUAGAAAAGCCGCGCGAGCGCAGGAGGCGAGAGGGCGCGAGGGCGGGCAGGCAGCAGCAACAAAGGCGCGCGAGAGGAGGCUCCCCGGAGAGGAAGGAGGAGAGGAAGAGGAGGAGGAGGAGCAGGCCCCACGCGCCCUUGCCUUCCCCUUCCCUUCUCUCUCCCCCACCCUCCCCCAUUCCGUUCGCGCGCUCGUCCCCGCCGCGGAGCACGGUCGGCGGUCCCAUCCAUCUCCACCGCGACCGGUCCCCGUCUCCCAGGCGCGGCUCGAUUCGAGGCAAUCGCCGCGGUUUCGAGUGCCGGUUCCUCCGUCCGGUGGUUGGGCGCCGCUGGCUAGGGGCCGCGCGUUUCGUCGCGAGGGGUUGGCGGUGAGACGUGGGUUGUGGGGUUAGCGCGAGGCAGUGAGCGGCUGUGGUAGAUUUGAGAGCGUUUGGUAGAGCCAGCUAACUUUGGGGCGAGCAAUGGUGCAACACACGUGCUGUACGGACGAGUACUACUGGUGAAGCCUGAGCGAUCCUGAUGACGAUGGGCGUGGUCUCGAGGGAGGUGUUGCCGGCAUGUGAAAGACUCUGUUUCCUUUGCCCGUCCUUGCGGACGAGGUCCCGUCACCCGGUCAAGCGGUACAAGAAGUUGCUCGCAGAAAUCUUCCCUCGGACACAGGAUGAAGGACCAAAUGACCGCAAGAUAGGCAAAUUGUGUGAAUAUAUUUCAAGGAAUCCAAUGCGCAUUCCAAAGAUUACAGUUUAUUUAGAGCAAAAGUUCUACAAGGAAUUGAGGGCUGAGCGUUUUGGCUCAGUGAAAGUUGUCAUGGCAAUCUACCGAAAGGUGAUAUGUUCUUGUCAGGAGCAACUGCCUCUUUUUGCCAAUAGCUUGCUAACCAUUGUAGAGACCCUAUUGGAGCAAAACAGACAGGAUGACCUGCGGAAAAUAGCGUGUCAAUCACUUUUUGACUUUGUAAACAAUCAGGUUGACAGUACUUACAUGUUCAAUUUAGAGAGCCAAAUUCCUAAACUAUGUCAGCUGGCCCAAGAGAUGGGUGAGAAGGAGAAGAUAUGUAUUCUUCAUGCAGCUGGGCUCCAAGCUCUUUCAUCUAUGUUGGAUCUUGUGGGUUUCAUCUCUAACCUACGCCAACUUGCUUGGGACAAAGGCUAUUGUUGUUGUUGUUCUCUCUUUCUUCCACCACAACAUUCAAGAUCAUUAAUUCAAUCCCUUCAACCAAACAAUGGGGCCUGCACUCCUGCACCAUCUCAUCUGGGGAUGGAGUCAUCUGUUCAAGCAACCCAACAGAUCAUUAUUUCAUUUCUGCUCUCCUACACUUGCAUUUCCUUCUGUUUUUCCAAAAUUUUAACGCCUAAUUUUGAUUUGUGUGGCUUUCAGAUUUGGUUUAUGGGCGAACACUCCCAUAUCUCUGCGGAACUUGAUAAUGUUAUCUCUGCAGUUCUGGAAAAUUAUGAGAGCCCGUAUGUAAGUUUUGAUAUUAAUGAUGCAACCAUUGAGGAUAAACGGAUUCGGUGGGUGCAUGAAGUUCUCAAAGCCGAAGGUCAUGAAACUCCUGCUGUUACCAUUUUGACAAGGGUUCCUUCAUGGAAAGACAUUAGAGCUGCCCACAGUGCAUUAAGUUUGACAAAAGAAGAACUAGAAAGUCCAAAUUUUUGGUCAGGGCUUUGUCUGCACAACCUUGCUAGAAUAUCCAGGGAAGCAACAACAGUUCGACGAGUUCUGGAAGCUAUAUUUCGUUAUUUUGAUACUAACAAUCUGUGGUCACCUUCUAAAGGACUUGCAUUGUGUGUUCUUCUGGAUAUCCAAAUUGUGAUGGAGAAAUCUGGACAGAACGCACAUAUAUUGCUGUCUAUGUUAGUCAAGCAUCUUGAACACAAGAAUGUAUUGAAACAACCGGAUAUGAUUUUAGACAUCAUUGAAGUUACAACACGCCUUGCUGAGCACUCCAAAGCUCAAUCUUCUACUGCACUAAUGGCUGCAAUAAGUGAUAUGAUCAGGCAUUUGGGUAAAAGCAUGCAAUCCUUGGUCAAUGAUGCAGGUUCUGGAGACAACAUGGUAAAAUGGAACGACAGAUAUGGGAAAGCUGUUGAUGAAUGUCUUGUUCAGCUGUCUAGAAAGGUUGGUGAUGCUGGGCCUAUUCUUGAUACAUUAGCUGUAGUUCUGGAGAACAUUUCAAGUGCUACAGUUGUUGCGCGGUCAAUUAUUGCUGCAGCAUAUCGCACAGCUCAAAUAAUUGCAUCAUUGCCAAACUUGUCGCAUCAGAGCAAAGCAUUUCCUGAGGCUUUGUUUCAUCAAUUGCUUUUAGCAAUGAUCUAUCCAGAUUGUGACACACAUUUAGGAGCACAUCGGAUUUUCUCUGUUGUUCUUGUUCCCUCCUCUGUCUCUCCAUGCUCAUCUUCUGGCACUUCACAACCAAGCAAGAUUGAUCUUCAAAGGACAUUAUCUCGGACUACAUCAGUAUUUUCAUCUUCUGCUGCUUUGUUUGGGAAAUUAAAAAGAGAGAUGUUUUCAUUUCAUGAAAGUCCACACUUGAAUAACACGAAGCUAAUGCCCAUUGAUGAAAAUGCAUACCAGCUCAGUGAAAAUGAUGCAAAAUUGUUCAAGUCGCAGACAGUUCAAAGGAUGGCUAGUACAAAAGAUAAUUUGUUACCCUCUUCACUAGAUACAAGUACCUCGAGUGGACCAAAUCAGGAAAAGGAUGCAGUCACCCUCAUGCUGAGUGCUCGUCAGGCAAACGUUCUCCUUUCCUCCUUAUGGACCCAGGCACUGUCACCUGAAAAUGUUCCGCUAAACUAUGAAGCAAUUUCUCAUACUUACAGCUUGAUGCUACUGUUUUCUGGAGCCAAGAACUCAGGCAUCGAAGUUUUGGUUGGUAGCUUUCAGCUUGCUUUUUCAUUAAGAAGUAUUUCAUUACAAGCAGGUUUUCUUCCACCAUCACGCAGGCGCUCUCUUUUUACUUUGGCAACUUCUAUGCUCGUAUUUUUCUCAAAAGCUUUUAACGUUCCAGCUCUCACUCCGAUUGUGAAACAUUUAUUGUCUGAAAGAACAGUUGAUCCAUUUCUUCGUUUAGUUGAAGACCACAGAUUACAGGCUCUUGAUAGAGCUGCUGAACCUUGCUCGAAAGUAUAUGGCUCAAAAGAAGAUGAUGAUCUUGCUCUGAAAUCUCUCUCCAACAUUGAGAUGAAUGAAGAUCAAUCAAAAGAAACAUCAGUGUCUCUUAUUCUUAAUAGCUUGGAAGAUCUAGCAGAGUCAGAAUUGUCUACUAUAAGAAAACAAUUGCUUGAGGAGUUUUCAGUAGAUGAUGUCUCUCCUCUGGGUUCUCAUUUUACUGAAACACCUUCAAAAUCUCCAGCACAUAAUGCGAAGCUGCACCAAAAAUCUUUAGAGGUUAUUCCAUUGGGCUUUGUUUUUGAAGAUGAUACCCUCGUUGAACCAUCUGACAGCUUAGCAGAACCUCAGUUGCAGCACCCAUCAGAUAGCAGCCUUCUUGAUGUCAAUCAGCUUCUUGAAUCAGUUUUGGAAACAUCUCAGCAUGUUGGAAGAUUGUCAGCGUCAACAAACCACGAUUUACCUUUCAAGGAGGUAGCCAAUCAAUGUGAAGCUCUUUUGGAGGGAAAGCAGCAAAAACUAUCUGUCUGCGUGAGUGUCAACCAAAAAGAGGAUAGUGAAUUACCCACGGAGAAGCUCGAGCCAUCUCAGCAGGUUUCUCAAACAGAUAGGUUUCUGUGCGCAGCUGAUGAACAAUGCCACUCCAAUUUCUGUAAGCUGCCAGUGCUGAGUCCCUAUGAUAAAUUCCUUACAGCUACUGGCUGCUAAGAUGACUGCUGCUGGAAUGCACAUAUUGGUCCGAUAUCUAUUACUAACAAAGCGAGGAUGACUUUAUACCUCGAAAAUUCAGUAUCUGGUGGUUCUUACUCGAUGCACGCUGAAAAUCAGACGAUUUCGAUAGCUCCCUUUGCGGAUGUUGAUUGGGACAAGGGUUUGGUCGAGCCUUAUUAAUGAAAACCGAGGAGAGUUACAUUGGCGUGCAAGAUGACAUGAUUGCCAUGUUUGUAAAUGAUCCCCAUUCGCUUCGUCCGCACAAAAAGAAUUUGUAACAGCGUCACGCCGGCACCAGUUGUUUGUCUACUCCCGACUCGUAAGAUCAUGGGAGAUGUAAUUCUGACCCCAGAGUCAGUUGAUUUUGUGCGUGCAAUCUGUUAGAUUUGCAAUGUAAUUCUGUCAUUAACAAGCCCUUUCACAUACGUAAUUAUGCUAAAAUGGGCUCGCCAUGUCGUGUCAUUGAUAUUGAUACAUGACAGGAAAAAACAUUCACUAA